AGUAUCUCAGCUGGUGAACAAGGAAGAUGUCAUACUUUAUGACAUAAUACAGCUUAUUGAUAAAUCAACUAAGUUGGUAUGUAUAUAGGACGUGUUCAGUAUAGAAAGGCGUCUUUGUAUGGCAGAAGCUUCCUUAAUUUGGUGUCAACAUUAGGUUUUAUCAAAUUUCUCCACAACCAAGAUUGACCCUAACUGACCGUGAUAGAUCGAACUUGAAGAUUGCAUAAAGAUUGAUGAUGAAGCAGCUGGAUUUUUUUUUGUCCUUUUCUGGACUUUAUUUGGUUAUGGCAUUUGCAGGAUCUUCUGCCGAGAAUGAAAGACAUCCAUGCCAUCGUCCAUGUCCGUAUCCACCAGAACCAAAAGAGUGCAAGUACGAUUUUAAAAUUGAAUCAUAUUACGUACUUUCUCGUGCGUGUUUCAAUUGUCCUUUAAACAAAACUGAAUGUCUCUUACCACACUGUAUACCACUAAAUGGUGUUAAAAGAUCCAUCAUGACUGUGAACAGACUUUUCCCUGGGCCAAGUAUCGAGGUUUGUGAACGUGAUAAAAUCAUUGUGAAAGUGACAAAUCAUUUAAGGAACAGCGAAGGUACCAGUAUUCACUGGCAUGGCUUACAUUUAAAGGGUGAACAAUACAUGGAUGGCGUGAGUAUGCUUACUCAAUGUCCAAUUCCAGCUGGAGAUAGUUUUACUUACAAUUUUACAGCGUCGAAUCCAGGAACUCAUUUUUGGCACGCUCAUGCUGGUUUACAGAGGGCAGAUGGAAUAUUUGGCGCUCUCACCAUUAGACAACCGCGAGUGAUAGAAAAAAAUAAUCAUACUUACGAUCACGAUUUGGCUGAGCAUAAAAUGUUGCUCACUGAUUGGCUAGACAUUCCUAUGCUUGACAAGUACAUUGCACAUAUCCAUAGCAAUGGUAACAGCAAAGCAGAAUCUCUUCUUGUUAAUGGUAAAGGGCAGCGCCAGAAAUACGAGCGUCAGGACACCAAUGACACCAUAUACACUGAUCGGGAAGUGUUCCAUGUGGAGAAAGGAUACAGAUAUCGAUUUCGAAUUGUGAGUAACGCUAUUGCAAAUUGUCCAAUAAAAGUUUCGAUAGACUCGCAUAAUAUGACAGUUAUUGCAAGUGAUGGUUCGGCGUUUAAACCUUUUGAAACAGAAAUUCUUACUGUCUUUGCUGGAGAACGUUUUGAUAUUGUUGUCCAUGCUAAUCAAACUACUGGAAAUUACUGGAUAAGAUAUAAAGGCCUGGCUAACUGCGGAAAGGCGCGAGAGCUUGCAAUUCUACGUUACAAAGGUGCGCUGGACAAAGAUCCAAUGGAAGGAGGAACAUGGGAUCGACAGGGAUUGACUUUGAAUCCAUGGAAUACGAAACAAUCAGAGCUUAACAUACCUAUUUAUCUUAUGGAUUCUUUAGAGUCAAACGACGAGACAUCUGGAAAUGCAGACAAAACAUAUUUUAUUGGAAUGGACUUUAACAAAGUCGACAACACUAAUUUUUUUCAUAAGGACUAUUAUCCAUUAAGUGACUUCCAUCCAACUUAUUCACCACAACUAAAUGGUGUUUCAUUCGUACUGCCUUCUGUUCCUCCUUUGAGUCAAUAUGAUGAUGUCAUUGCCAAAGGAACUGAUUUUUGUACACCGAAAGAUAUAGAAGGUUACAACUGUACUCAAAACUUCUGCGAAUGUACACACGUUAUUCAUGCUAAAAUUGGACAGGUUAUAGAAUUUGUAAUUGUUGAUGAAGGUAAAACCUUUAAUGCCAAUCAUCCAAUGCAUCUUCACGGGCAUCCAUUUCGUGUCGUUGCAGUAAAAAAAAUUAACGAAUCUACCACAGUUACUGAAGUCAAAGAAAUGGAUAAAAAUGGUAAAAUUCACCGUAAACUUGACAAAGCUCCUAAAAAAGACUCUGUCACAGUACCCGAUGGUGGAUACACAAUUAUCAGAUUUUAUACCAAUAAUCCAGGAUGGUGGCUUUUUCAUUGUCAUGUUGAAUUCCAUAUUGAGCUUGGUAUGUCCAUGAUUGUUCACGUUGGAGAGCAAACUGAUCUUCCACCCGCACCAAGGGAUUUUCCAUCUUGUGGCGUCAGUAAAACUACAUGCGAUAAGAAAGGAGAUAACAACACUGCAACAGUUGUUCAAAACUUAAACGUCCUUUUGAGCUUGUUGAUUUUUAUUGCUUUUUGCCUGUUGUAAACUUUCGUCUUUCUCAACUUUUUUUAUAAAUAUUUCCUUCACUUUAUAAUCAUUCAUUUAAAAUUUAUAUACAUGUAUAUUAUUGUAUCAUUGAAAUGCUGCCACGAAAAGUUAUUUAUGUCAAUUUUGUCAAACGUUAGCAUUAUUUAAUGAUGUAACAGUGACCGAACGUGUUAUGCAAGAUAUAGUGACAAAGGAGUCUACGAUGGUCAUAAUUUGGUCAAAUGAUUCCUACUGUAAAAGAUGAAGUCUUCAGUGUCUUCAUGAAGUGAUGAUAAUUAAAUAUUGCAUUUUAUUAACCCAAGAUGUUGAAAACCCGUACAACAGACAAAUUUAAAAGAAAUAUUAAUUUUUCUGUGACAUGUA